AUGAGGCCGAAUUUCGCGCUGUUGCUUCUGAUGCUGAUGGGCGCUGAGGCGAUUGUGAAUCCUUCCAACGAGUCCGCCAAUAUGGUCAUCUACAUGCUGCCCGGCAAGGAUGUGGGUCCGCAUACCUGGCAGGUGGGCGUCGAUUGUCUGGACAGCUUUGCUCAAAUCUUCUUCUACCGCAAUCCCAUGGAACGUUUCACUCGCGCCUACAACCUGAUGAUGACCAACGUGUACAACAUGUCGCUGCCGGCAGCUCUCAUCCAGAAGGGCUUCAGCAAGCGCAUCAAUGAGGCCAUCAGCAACACAUCGAUGCCGCCGGAACGUGAGUUCUAUCAACUGCGCGUCAUCUCCGAUCAACUGAAUUCGAAACCCUCGAAAAUCUUUGGCGAAAUUCUACUGGCUGACAAUUAUGUUAUCAUCGUCGACAGCGUGGAGCGACUGCAGAAGAUGAUGAGCAAGUAUUUGACUAAGAGUCGCUCCUGGAAUCCAGGAGCUCGCUUCCUUGUGCUCUACCAUAAUCCAGAGCUGCGAGAUAAGCCCUGGAAGAUUGCCUCGACGAUCUUCAACGAUCUGAUGACCAAGUUCUACGUGCAUCGAGUGGCUUUGCUUUAUGCCAACUCUUCGACGGACUACAAUCUCCUGGUGAACGAUUACUACAGCAACAUCGACUGUCGCGUGCUCAGUGUGCAGAGCGUGGGACAAUGCCAGAACGGUCAGCUUUAUCCCUCUUCACAUGCGGUUCAUGUGUCCAUGUUGGAUUACAUAAGCGGCUUCAGUCCUCGCAACUGCACCUUCUACGUCUGUUGUUCUAUUGCUGCUCCCUUCGUGGAAGAGGAUUGCAUUGUGGGACUCGAGAUGCGGAUAUUGGGAUUCGUGCGCAACCGUCUGGGUUUUGAAACCAAUCAGACGUGCACUAGGGACACACGAGGUGAGGUCGAUGAAGAUGGCAACUGGAAUGGUUUGCUGGGAAAAUUGUCCGAGGGCGAAUGCGACUUCAUAAUGGGAGGCUUCUAUCCCGACAACGAGGUGACUGUCGACUUCUGGGGAUCCGACUCUUAUCUCCAGGACGCACACACUUGGUUCACCAAGCUCGCGGAUCAUCGUCCAGCCUGGCGAGCCAUGAUCGGCAUCUUUGCCUGGAACACUUGGGUUAGCUUUCUGUUGGUGCUUGUCCUGACCUGGCUGUUCUGGUAUGCCUUGGUUCGGAUCUUGCCGGAACCAAAGUACUUUCAGCAACUCAGCUUGACAGCCAUCAACGCCCUGGCAGUAUCCAUAGGCGUGGCAGUGCAGGAGCGUCCCAUAUGUGAGGCGACGAGAUUAUUUUUCCUAUCGCUGACCUUGUAUGGCAUUAAUCUGGUGGCCACCUACACUUCGAAGAUGAUUGAGACAUUCCAAUACCCUGGCUAUCUACAUCAGCUGGACGAACUGAAGGAAGUGGUCGCUGCGGGCAUUCCCUUUGGCGGCGAGGAAGAGAGUCGCGAUUGGUUCGAGAACGACGACGACAUGUGGAUAUUCAAGGCAUACAAUUCGUCCGUCGACUUUAGGCCACGCACUAAGAACCUCAAAGACGUAGAGGAGGGACUGCGCUGCAUUCUGAGCAGCCGCAUGUACAUUAUGCAGAAUCGACAUGCGGACGACAUCUUCGCCUUUCCCCAGAACGUCUUCACCAGUCCCAUGCAGAUGAUCAUGAAGGCGGGCUUUCCCUUCAUGUUCGAGAUAAACAUGGUAAUCCGCUACAUGCGGGAUGUGGGCAUCAUAGCGAAGAUUGACUCUGACUUUCGAUUCAACAACACGUACCUCAAUCGCAUUGCCAAGAUGCGACCCAACUUCGCAGACACUGCCAUUGUGCUGACCACGGAGCAUGUAAAGGGUCCCUUUGGCAUACUAAUCUUUGGUAUUUUCAGUGCCUCUCUGGCCUUUCUUCUCGAGUUGCUCUACGUUUAUCGCGGCUGCAGGCUACGCAGGCGACAGCGACGCAGGCAACUACGGCGCACCAAGUGGCGCAGAGAACGUUAUCAACUCCGGCAGGCAAUGGCUCCGGUUGUGCGAUUCACGCCCGUCAAGAGACGCAAAGUCCUGUAAGGCAGCCAGACAAACAAAACCAACUAACCAAGUAGUUGAAACCAUAAAAAUUGACUCAAUUCACAUAAAUUUGCAAUUGAGGGAGCGACCACGACAACGACAAAGGGAGAGAGUUGAAGGCAGAGUGGCAACAUCAAUGUUGGGGUCGUUGUUGUUGUUGUUGUUGUCGUUGUCGUCUUUGUCGCUGUGGUCUUCCUCGUUUGUUGCUUGAAUGUCUGGCCUCAUCUGGUUGGUAGUUGUAGUUUUCACGCGAAAUACUUAAAAUCAGCGACAAAAUUCUAUUUUUGCAACUAUCAAAAGCGACGGCAUGAAAACAAGCAGACAGUCAGGCAGUCGGUUGACUGCUUGCUUGCUUGCUUUCUUUGCUUUAGUUUGCUUUGCUUUGCCCUCCAGCGCCAUUUCCAUCUCAGCUUCCAUCUUCUUAGCUUGCAGGCUACAAUCUCUCCCUCCCUUCUCCCUCCCCUGUCCUUUCACAGUUUGCAGUUCGUAUUUUUUGCUCACACAAAUUGACAAUCUGCAUUGAAUGAAUAGUAUUCCUGCGUUUGCUGCACCAAAAUACAAAGAACAAGUUUCGAAUGGAAAACACAGAUAGUACUCUAAUAGUGAAUAGUGAAUGGCCAGGGAACAAGCUAGUUCACAUAAUAUGCUUAUAAGCACCAUAGUUACCAAAUGUAUUUGUAUAAACUUUGGAAUUUGUGGCCCAAAUAAAAGAAACUCUGCGAUUAAAACUUUUACACUUC